UAUUGAUAUUGUAAGGAGAAAUUCUGUCUUGGUCACUCAUGAGAGUUAAAGGGUUAAAUCCCUGUUACAAUCCAGUAUCCCAGAGUUAGUCUUCCCUUUAUAUUGAAAAAAUUUAGUACUUACAAGGAUAAGUAACCCUUUUUUGAAAUGAUUUUUACCCAGUAAAUCAUUUUUUUUCUUUGUUUAGACUGGCAUCAUCAUUGUUGACAACUGUAAACUUGAAGUGGCAAUGAAUUUUGGGACCAAAGCAGCCUCCAUCCCAUGUACCACAGCACAGCAGCUUCAAAUUAAAGAUAAAUCUGAAAAUUACAGGUACAUUUUUAUGUAAAUGCACACCAUCAGGAAAGUCCCAAGGAUAAGGCAGAGUGGCUGAGUGCUUAGGGUGCUGGCCAGCUGCUUAGCGCACUUGCUAAGUGCUUAGGGACUUGUAAUCCAGUGGUCCCAGGUUGUAGUUCUCCACUCUGCUACUCACUGGAUUUGUUUUCAGUUGCACUGAGUUCCACUUGUUGGCUUUGCUCUGUUUAAAGCCAAUUUGGCUGCCUUUUUCUAGUUGGGGUUCUUAAAAACUGUGUUGAUGUUUAUUUACUAUGUUUAUAUCUGAUUUUGUUUGAAUUAAUUAUUUCUAAAAUUUGCAAGCAAAUUAAGAAUAGAUAAAAUAUAUCAUACGACUAAUUAUUAUUAUUAUUAUUUGUUGUUAUGGUUAUUAUUAAUUAUUAUUAUUAUCAUUAUCAUCAGAAGUUUAGGUAUUUAUAAGCAGGUCAGUAUAUGCAAUAAUUUUAGUAUUUAGAUGUUUUUGAAAUGUUCUAGACCCCAAGCAGUGAUUUUUUUGUCAGAUUACUUAUGUCAAACUGCUGUUGGAGCUCUCAUUUUUGGGAGUCAAAGGGUCAACUGUAAUCUUGAGGGCUAACACUUCCUGAUCAGUGCGCUUUGAUCACAAAUGUACACUUUUUGCACUACUUGUCCUAUACAUAAUUCUAGAUAUCUACUUACUUUUUAAAUUCUCAAAAUCGUGUAUGGAAUGUUGUUGUGAUGAGAAUAAAUAGCGAACUGCAAAUAGUAACACUGUGAUCCUUUUUUUUGUUUUUUUGUUUUUUUUUUUUAAUAGCUCCUUGGAUCUGACAGGCCCUCUUCUUCUCGGUGGGCUUAUGCAGCUACCAGUUAAAUUCCCAGUCCUCUACAAACAUUUUACUGGCUACAUCAGGAAUGCUUACAUCGAUCACAAGUUCUUGGACCUCAGUCAGCCAUUGUACAGCAACGGAACCAGUGCUAAAUGUAAAGCAAUGGGCAACACGUGCGCAUAUAAACCUUGCGAGCGAGGCACGUGUUUUAACAUACUUGGUUCUCGCUGGUGUGACUGCCCCACUGGGUUUGAUGGAAGUCGCUGUGAAACAGGUAUUGAUUUUUUUUUUUUACGGAUAUGUAAGUGAACUUUCCUCUCGGACUUACUUUAGUUUGAAGCGUUCGAAAGAGUACGGAAUCUUGGAAUCUUUUCAAAUGCUUGUUAUCUACAGUACCGCUUGACGUGUCUGCUUGAUAUUGUAUUGAUAUUGUAAGGAGAAAUUCUGUCUUGGUCACUCAUGGCAGUUAAAGGGUUAACCCCCUGUUACAAUCCAGUAUCCCAAGUUAUCUUGUGUUUUGCUUUGAUGAUCUCAGAGUUAGUCUUCACUUUAUAUUGAAAAUAUUUAAUACAUACAAGGAUAAGUAACCCUUUUUUGAAGUGUUUUUUACCCAGUAAAUCAUUUUUUUUUCUUUUUUCAGACUGGCAUAAUCAUUGUUGACAACUGUAAACUUGCAGUGGCAGUGAAUUUUGGGACCAAUGCAGCCUUCUUCCCAUGUGCCGCAGCACAGCAACUUCAAAUUAAAGAUGAAUUGGAAAAUUACAGGUACAUUUUUAUGUGAAUGCACACCAUCAGAGAGGCAGAGUGGCUGAGUGCUUAGGGUGCUGACCAGGUGCUUGGGUGCCAGCCAGGUGCUUAGGGCACUUGCCAAGUGCUAAGGGGACUGGCCAAGUGCUUAGGGCACUGGACUUGUAAUCUGGUGGUCCAAGGGUGUAGUUCUCCACUCAGCUUCUUACUGGAUUUGUUUUCAGUUGCACUGAGUUCCACUCACUGGCUUUGCUCUGUUUGGCUGCCUUUUACUAGUUGGGAAUCUUAAAAACUGUGUUGAUGUUUAUUUACUAUGUUUACUUCCAAUUUGUGUGUACAUAUAUUGGAGGGAUUUAAGGGUUUUUACCUUUUGACCCUUUCACCUUUACCUGUAACCCUUUAACUCCCAAGAUCUCAUUAACAAUUCUCCUUACUGUCUGCCAUAUAGUACUUCUGAAGUUAGUUUGGGGAAUUAAAAUUUUUCCUAUUCUCAUCAUUUGUCUGCUUGAUAUUAUAUUGAUAUUGUAAGGAGAAAUUCUGUCUUGGUCAAUCAUGGGAGUUAAAGGGUUAAAAAAUGCUGUGAUCACAAGUAGUUCUCAAAUAACUGUCGCAUAACAUUUAAAAGUUCUGUUUCCUACAAACUUUCACUAUGCCAUUCGGCAAAACACGAUUGUUCACUCCGCAUUUGGCGUCACAAAGGAACACCACAAUGUUCACACGCGUAAGACGUUUCGAAGGUGCGGCCUUCAUUCCUUUUUCUGCCAACCUUUGUGCACAUGGCACAAGCUUUCUUCCUGCCCUCCAGUUUCCCCAGAAAAUGGCCACUUAGAUUUUCCUCCGUUGUCACAGUCUUUACCGCGCGUUUUCCAGAAUUAGACGGACGUUUAUAUCCAUUGUAGCCGGCAAUAAGAAGCUUCGCUAAUUCUCGGCGAAAGUCAAGCUGGCGUCGCUUCUUCUUGCCGGCCAGUUUCUCCAGGAUGUACGCAUUCACCAUCGACAAGUUCACAAAAAACCAGAGCAAAUAUUUCCACCAUUUGCGAGAAGUUGUCCCAGGUGGAUAAUAGCUCCGAUAUUGGUCAUUUACAUCGACCCCAUUCAUUCCUCCAUUAUAAACAUCCACAACAUCAGGCUUUUUCAUCGCAUCAGCUGGGACAACUCGCUUCCGACGCCCGCGAACGACUUGCUGAAUUGUGUGAAUUUCUGGCUCAGGGGAAGUGUUGGUCAAUAGUAGAGAUACAACACGUUUGUCUCUCCACAUCGUGGCAACUAAAUUCCCGAUCUGACGGGUUCGUACUUCACCUCGAACGAGUUUCAUGCGCCUCAGGUCAGAUGGGUAGUCUUUCCUGUUGGUGCGAACGGUGCCGCAAGCGUAGGUGUUUCUUGCUUGCAAGUCUCGCAUCAAAUCAGUAGAUGUGAAGAAAUUAUCAAAGAAAAAAUGCCGAUUAUUAUCCAAAUAGGGCUCUCCAAGAGUCCAAACAACAUAAUAACCGAGACCUUUUCUUUGAAAUAGCUCACUGUUCGUCCGAUUCUUGCCCAAGUAGACUUGAAAGCGUGGAACAUAGUAGGUGUCAGCAUCAGCAAGAAGCCAAACUUUGAUGCCAAAUUUAUCAGGCUUCAUUGGCAUGUACUGCUUGAAGGAAAGCCUCCCGUUAAAUUUUACCAGCCCUUCAUCGACUGUAAUGUUUUUCCCGGGAGUGUAUGCUUCGGCAAACCCUCGCUCCAAGCGAGUUACAAGGGGGCGAACUUUGCAAUGGAGAUCGUUUCGGUCCUCUGAGGUCGGGUCGACAAGAUGUAAAUAUUUCCACAGAGUCAUGAAGCGGUGCUUUGGGAUCGUUUUUUUGAAGCCUUCAACUCCAAUAAACUCGUCAGAAUCCCAGUACAUUGCCAGUUGAGGAAGUUCAUGGAUUCCAAUGAGAAUGUUCAGCCCGAGAUACGCUGAAAUUUCCGCUCGGGUCGUUGUGAACGUCUGAUCCCCUUUUGAACGAGCGUACGCGACGGUGUGUCGGACGAUUUCAUCAAUGUAAGCAUCGUCGAUAGAUACAUUGAAGAAAUCUUUGGCAGUUGCAUUUUCUCCGAGAUCUCGAGUCGGGCCAUGACUAAUGGAGAAUUGCUCGAUAUCAAUUUGUCGCAAUGUGCUGGACCAUUGAAGAGUAUUUGGUCGGCUUUAUUCAGUGGCAGAUUCUUCAUCGCAACUUUCGUCGCUUUCCUCUUCUUCCUCGCAAGCGUAUAGCUCAACGUCGGAAUCGCUUCCCCUUUCUUGCGAUCGUAGGUCGUAAAAAUCUUCUAUCUCGUCAUCCACAUUGCGAACCGAGUUUUGUUCUAGCCGUGCUUGACGAGCUUGUCGUAUUUUCUCAAUUUCUUCGAUGUAAAACCAGCGAAGACUUCUUGUUCUUCAUCGGAUGAAAAUCGACUUUCAUCAAUUCUUCCAGAAGCCAUGUCUAAGAUCAAUACGGUUUUUUGAAAAAUUCGUGAAAAAUCGCAUGACGAACGUGAAAUAGUGAGUUUGGUCUCAAAUGAAAGCUUAAGAUUUGCAUGUCACGUUUCACUGCUUUCCAAUACCCAGGGGAGUUUUGUUUCUAGGCUACAACCAAUCAAAAAAAGCCAUUUCUGAUAGGGCGCUUGAGGGCGCAUUGGAAUUUCAGAGGGGUUUUAUUUCCGGGCGCAUGAGGGCGCAUCGGAUCUCAGUGGGUUAAAUCGUGAAAACUAUUGUUGCGCAUUAGUCUCACUUCGCAAGCCAGCCAUUGUGUGCGGAUGAAGACAACAACCUUGAUUUUUCUUGUUUGAAAUAAAUUAUUGUUCACAUUCGCUGAAAGAGAACAAAUUUGCAUAGUUAAAAGUGAAACUUUUCAUUCAGGCGUAAAAAUUGGUUUGUUCUUGCUCUUGACUCACAAAAAAUAAUUUUAUAGCCGCGCCUUGUGAAGUGUCGCGAUGUCGCAAUGGCGGGCAAAUUCAAAAUCGACCUGCGUUAGAAAGUUUAGGAUUCCUUUUGUUGAGGAGAAAUUUGCGAUCUGUCUUUUGGUGUUGUAUUUGAGGGAAAGCUUUUUACAUGAUUCUGAUGGAAUAAGAGGGCAAAAGAGAGUCAUCAUACUGAUAAAUACUAUCGAAGCUGAAGGCAACCUUGCUAAUGACUCACCGUACAUCAUGAAAUUGAAUCAGUUCUCUAGCUUUAGAAUUUUUUUUGAGAGAGCCUGAUGCUCAAGUUGCCAAUAAAAUUUGACAGGCGGAAAGUAUGUUAUUUAACAUGCAACUUUGUGAAGUUUCCCUGCAGUAGAGUAAAUUAAAGACAUUAAAGUCGUAGAUUAUUUUUACAGUGGUGUGUGUGUUCACUGUGGCAGCCAUUUUCUCUGGAAUUUCAGGGGGUGGUCUGAGCUCAAGGGUGUGGGGCUCACUGGGUUAAAGAUGAAUUGGAAAAUUACAGGUACAUUUUUAUGUAAAUGCAUACCAUCAAGAAAGAGCCAAGGAGUAGGCAGAGUAGCUGAGUGCUAAGGGUGCUGGCCACCUGCUUAGGGACUUGUCAUCCGGUUGUCCCAGGUUGUAGUUCUCCACUCUGCUACUCACUGGAUUUGUUUUCAGUUGCACUGAGUUCCACUCGUUGGCUUUGCUCUGUUUAAAGCCAAUUUGUCUGCCUUUUACUAGUUGGGGUUCUUAAAAACUGUGUUGAUGUUUAUUUACUAUGUUUAUUUCUAAUUUGUUUGAAUUAAUUAUUUCUAAAAUUUGUAAGCAAAUUCAGAAUAGAGAAAUAAUUUACAUCAUAUGAACUGUUAAUAGUGUUAUUAUUAUUAUUAUUAUUAUUAAUUGUCAUUAUUAUUGUAAUUAUUAAUUAUUGUUAUUAUCAUCAGAGGUUUAGGUAUUUAUAAGCGGGUCAAUACAUGCAAUAAUUUUAGUAUAGUGGGUGACCUUUAUUGUAAGAUGUUUUUGACAUGUUCUUGACCCCAAGCAGUGAUUUUUUUGUCAGAUUACUUAUGUCAAACUACUGUUGGAGCUCUCGUUUUUGAGAGUCAAAGGGUCAACUGUAAUCUUGAGGGCUAGAACUUCCUGAUCAGUGUGCUUUGAUCACAAGUGUACCCUUUUUGCAGUACUUGACCUAUACAUAAUAAUAGAUAUCUACUUACUUUUUAAAUUCUCAAAAUCGUGUAUGGAAUGUUUUUGUGUUGGGAAUAAAAAGCGAACUGCAAAUAGUAACACUGUGAUCCUUUUUUUUUUUCUUUAGCUCCUUGGAUUUGACAGGCUCUCUUCUUCUCGGUGGGCUCGUGCAGCUACCAGUUAUAUUCCCAGUCCUCUACAAACAUUUUACUGGCUGCAUCAGAAAUGUUUACAUCGAUCACAAGUUCUUGGACCUCAGUCACCCAUUGUACAACAACGGAACCAGUGCUAAAUGUAAAGCAAUGGGCAACACUUGCACAUAUAAACCUUGCGAGCGAGGCACGUGUUUCAACAUACUUGGUUCUCGCCGGUGUGACUGUCCCACUGGGUUUGAUGGAAGUCGCUGUGAAACAAGUAUUGAAUUUUUUUUACGGAUAUGUAAGUGAACUUUCCUCUCGCAUUUACUUUAGUUUGAAGCGUCCGGAAAAGUACGGAAUCUUUUGAAAUCUUUUCAAAUGCUUGGUAUCUGAGAUGCAGACAACAGUUCAUGAGUUGCGCAUGAUAAAGGACACCUCAUGAGCAUUUAAAUGUAUGCGAUUCCUUGUUAUGAGAAAUAUAUCGUCGAGUUUAUCUGAUUUAGUGGAUCUUCAAUUAAUAAAUGCACGUACUUAAUCACCGGUAUUUUCGCCUUGAAUUAUCGAUCCAUACCAGAUUUUGACCCAACAGUUCUGAGAAAAGAGCGAAAAAUCAGUUUUAAUCUGACGAAGAUCUGCAGGUUUCAAAAACCCUGUGAACAAUCCUCAGAGUCGAAAGAUUCCCUUCCUUAACGUUAAGGGCCGAGUUCCUCAAAUACUGUCUUCUGUUGUGUCAGCAAUUUCUGUUUCUUAACCCUUUCACUGCCAAGAUAUCAUUGGUGAUUCUCCUUACUGUCUGUCAUACAAUUCUUAUGAUGUUAGCUCUGAGGAUUUAGUAUUGGAUCAAUUAAUAAUUCUCUAAUUGAUAUUUUUCUUCAUUCUCGUCACUUGUCUGCUUGAUAUUGUUUCGAUAUUGUAAGGAGAAAUUAUGUCUUGGUCAUUUAUAGCAGGUAAAGGUUGUUGUAACUCGGGUUAAUUAAUUUCCUAGACCCUUUAACUCCCCGAUCAAAUUUGUAAUUCUCCUUACUGUCAACCAUACAAUUCUUACGAUGUUAGUUCAGAGAACUUAGUAUUGGAUCAACUAAUUAUUCCCAAAUUGAUGUUUUUCUUUAUUCUCAUCACUUACCUGGUUGAUAUUGUAUUAAUAUUGUAAGGAGAAAUACUGUCUUGGUCACUCAUGGGAGUUAAAGGGUUAAAUUGGAGAGAAAUUAUCCAGGCCUCCAGUCAGCGUUGAUUUUCUGGGAUUCGCAUUACCCUAAAAUACCCCAACUAAGGAGAACGUCAAUUUCUUAUCACGGGUUCUUAGAUGCAAACCAUUCAUACAAACUUCCUUGUUCAACAGGUGUGAAAUACACUAAGAGAUUCUCAAGACAGAGUUUUAAGAGGGUGCCUGCCAACUCAAAGGUCAAUCUUCUGUGGAGUGUUUCAAUGAGAUUCCGCACAGCUAAGCCUUCAGGAACUCUGUUUGAAAUCUCUUUUUCGUUAUCAUCUUCGGUGCCGGAGGUAAGUUAUGUAAAUCAAGAUACAUUUUUUAAAAGCCAUUGAACGUUGAUAUACUUACGUGAACUUCGUUUCUAUUUCAGUUGGUUGAUGGUAAACUGUCUUACAACUACAAAGAGUUGUUGGUUCUCCAAUUGCCUCACAUAGCGGUGAAUGAUACCCAGUGACAUCACAAGUCAGACAUGAAUUAUCAAAAGAUGUAUUUGAAAAGUCGUCAGAAGAAUAGUAAUCUAUUCCAUUGGUGGCGUCACAAACCCUCCAGGAGAACAUAGCAAAUUCUGUGUGCUGACAUGGAAUGACAUUUUUUGUCGUAGAUAGACGACGUUAUCUUACACUGCCCUUAUUUUAAACUGUGGAAGAAGAAGGAGUAGAUGCAUGGGUUGAAAAAUUUGCGG